CGGCAGAUGCGAAGGAGGUGAAGAUUCACCGCUUUCUCUUCAUCAAGCUUCAGAAUCAUGCCUAGGGGUAGAGGGCGACCUCGCAGAGGACCUGCAAGCCCACCCCCGGAGCCCAUGCAAGCGGAGCAGGAGGCCCCUGAACUAUCAGAUGAGGAAGUACAGCAGGAAGAGCUACCGAAUCCUGCGUCCAUGACCGACAUCAUGAGGGAGAUGAUGUUGCUGCUGCGUGCUGAGCGUCAGCAGCAUACUUCUAGAGGUGGCCGAGACUUAUCGGCCGAGUUCGGACGGCACACACCACCACAGUUCUCAGGGACCACUGACCCGACGGUAGCCGGUUAUUGGGUCAGUCAGAUAGAGAGGACCUUCCGAGCUAUGCAGUGCCCAGAUAGAGACAAGGUCAGGUUGGCUACUUUCAUGCUGCGGGACAGUGCAGCGCAGUGGUUUGAGAAUGAACUACGCCUCAAAGGGGAGAGUUCCUUCAGGACCUGGGAGCAGUUCAAGAAAGUUUUCUACGACAAAUAUUUCCCUUCGAGCCGGCGAGCGCAGAUGGAGAGGCAGUUCCUUAGUCUGAAGCAGGGGUCCUUGAGUGUGGAGGAGUAUGAGGCCGAGUUUGAUAGGCUGUCGCAGUUUGCUUCGACCUUAGUGUCGGAUGAGAGCAGCAGGUCUAGGCGUUUCGUAGAUGGCUUGAAGACCCACAUCCGGCGGGCCAUUGUACCAUUCCUGAACCAGACAUUUGCUGAGAUUGUCGAUAUUGCUAAGAACCUGGAGAUCACCUGGCAGGAGACGCAGGACCAGGGGAGACACGAGCACCAGCGGCACCGCCAGAACCCUCGGAAGAGUCAGUCUUCCGGGAGUAGCUCAGGGCAUUCUAGAGGAGAGCACCGGUCACAGCCGUAUAGCAGACCCCCGAGUUCGUCAUCAGGUUCUGGAGGCAGGAGAUCUUUUGGCAGUGUGACCCAGGCUGUUCAGUGUCCUACUUGUGGAGGGAGCCAUUCUCAGGCGGAGUGCCGACGCGCGGCAGGCGCAUGUUAUCGGUGUGGUAGUAUGGACCACUUUGUUGCUCAGUGCCCGCAGAGUCCGCCUUGGCUCCAGGGAGGCGACAUGACUCGUAGUGCACCUGUCGAGCGGCCCCUGGAUCGCUCCCGACAGGGUCACGACACACGGGCGCCUCGAGCCGAUCCCAAGAGAGUGCCUCGAGGGUAG